AUGAACGUGUACACGUCAGACGGGCUGCUGGUGAGCAGGGGCGCUGACACCGGCGGUCUCUCGACGGAGCAGGGUCAACAGCUCAUCUCCAUCUAUCGACUCUUCCUUCAGCUGCACCACGCCGGCACCGGCGCCAUGCGCAUCAAGGACAUGAUCAAGCCGGAGACGACAGACGCGGUCAGCGAACACGGCAGCGGAGGAGCCGGUGGAGACAAGAAUGCCGACCGCCGAGGUGGCGGCGCUGGUCGUGGCGGCUCUGGCGCAGUAAACGCCAACUGGAGCACCAUAAUGCCGUCCAUGCCGGAGAACACGGCGUGCACGAGCAGCAUCGCCGUCGCCUCCACCGGUACCCCUUACCCGAUGUUCCUCCUCUCGUCCAACGCCAUCCCAGAGACCCAUCGACUGCGCGGGUUCGCCUCUGCAGUGGCGCCACAGCAGCAACACCAUGCGCCAGCGGCUGGCACGGUGACCACCGCCUCCACGAAGAACAAUAACCGUAGUGCCAAUGGAUGUGAGGAGAUCGCGCUGCGGUGGAGUCUGCUCACAAAGCUGCCCCCGGCCUGCCCCACGGCGGCGGUGGUGGCAGGAACUGCUGCCGGUGCUGCUACCGGGGCUUCCGCAGGCACACCGGCCUCCAUGACCGCAACGGUCAAUGCCACCACGGCCACCGUGGUGACCGCCGAAGCAGCGGCGGACGCGCUCAUGGACAGGACGGGUUUUGCUGGGGAGCAUAAUUUCUCGAUGCCCAACACAAAAUCUGCUGGCCACCUGCCUGGUGCCUCGCAAAGGGAUCGCGUGGCUGGCGAGUGGAGCAACGCUGGCAACGUGGCGCCCGCGGCCGCCUCGCCGGAGCGCACCGCAGCCCUCGCACCGUGCACGUACCCAUCCGGGUGGACCGCGGCGGAGCUGCAGGUGCACACGACGAAGCAGAUGAUGGUGUGCACCGCCACCGAGCUGUCCCUCGACUUGGACGGAGGCGCCGAGGACGGCAACGCACCGCUGCUGUUCUGCUGCUCAACGCUGCCCAUCUCAGGCUAG